AUAUGCUGAUGAUUUUUGCUUAUUAAUUAGUGGCACGGAUUUGACCCGAAUGUCCGAUCAGCUGACAGAUAACCUUCAUAACCUUAACUCCUGGAUGAAUUCUAGAAACCUUUUCCUGUCUCCAGAAAAGUCUAGGGCAAUUAUAUUCACCAAGUCUGGGUCCAUAAGAAGUCCUCCCCCUCCAGUAAUGUCAGGAAGUACACCGAUUCCUUGGACUACAGAGCAUAAAUAUCUUGGUCUGCACAUUGAAAGUAAUCUCCGAUGGAGAAAACACGUGGAAAUGAUUACAGGUAAAAUCUCAAUGGCCAACAACAUCGUGAAGGCCUUAUGUGGGAAGACAUGGGGCGCUCAUCCCUCUGUACUCAUGGGAGUUUACAAGGUAUUGGCUGUUCCACACUUUGAUUAUGGAUGCUUGGUAUACGGUAGAUGUUCCAGAGAGCUAAUUGAGAGACGAUUCCCGGAACAUACACUGGCCUUUACGGAUGCCUCAGUUUCUCGUGCACCAGACUCAGUAGGCUAUGGAGUGUUCUUCCCAUCAAUGGCAGUGGAGUUGUCUGGUCGGUUGCCGGACCACUGGUCCAUAUUUGAUGCUGAACUCUUUGCAAUCGGAAAGGCGGUCUCAGAGGCGUCGGAAAGAAAGCUAAGAAGGCUGUUGGUGGUGUCGGACUCACUCAGUGCAUUGGAAGCCUUAAAAUCCAACAAAUUUGACUCUAGUGUGGACAUAAUCUCAAUGAGAGUCAGAAACACCCUAUAUGUGGCCAAUUCGACAGGAUGUGCAGUUAGCUGCAUAUGGGUUCCCAGUCAUUCCUACAUCCACGCCAAUGAUGUGGCAGACAGACUAGCCAAUCAGGGUCGUUAUGCAGAUACGGCACCCCACAUCCCAGGGGGCCCCCAAACUCUUUGGCCUAGAAUUAAGAGAGACAUUAGAGGAUCAUGGAUUGAGGAUUUCUUAAAAUCGUGUAUUUCCAGAGGUAGAAUAUAUUCCCUUUAUGUUAACCACCAUAAUUUUCCCCUCUCCCCAUGGUUUUCCAAAAUUGAUAAACCCAGACGAUUCCUUAUUGCAGUCUUACGCUUAAAAUCGGGACACUGCCUCACUCCAGCCCACCUUCACAGGAUCGGUGUCAGGGACUCACCGAACUGUGAUUGCGGAGCUUUGGGUGAUAUCCCCCACAUCUUUCUCUCCUGUGAGAAACAUGUGGUGAGGACAAAGCUUUUGUAUGACAAACUUUCUGUACUUGAUUUCCCCCUUCCGUUGAAUAUAUAUGACGCCAUUUUUUCUACUAAGCUGGAGGUGUUGGAGUUGCUUAUGCAGUUUGUAAGAGAGUGUGGUUUGACUUUGUAGUUUUAGCUUUUUGCUUAUGCUUUGCAUGUCAGCCUGGACACCUACUUGUGUUGACCCUCUGUGUGGCCCAUAAUGUCCUGAUACCCUAAUGUCCCGUCACGCUUUUAUGCUUCAACAAUUGCCAUUAGUCGACCAAAACAACCACUAUAUAUGAUCUUGAGUUUCGCUUUAGUUCAACAAGACGAGGAAGAUUGUCGCUUUGUCUUCCAGAUAGUCAUCAAGAGAGUAUCCGUUCCACUGAUCCUGGGAUUGUUCUGCAAGACUCCUGCGCCCUCAGGACCUGGGAUCAAAUUGCUCCAGACUCACUACUGAACUU